AAUCACAGUUGCGCACUACGCCUACUCGCCUCAAAAUUGUGCUUAAAUUCUAUUCUUUGUAAUAGAAAACUAAAAUCAGAAUAAAAUAACGAGACAGAGCAGAUGAACAUAACUAUACUGUAUAGUAUCGUCGGUGCAAUCGGCUGUUCCACAAAUGGCUUCGCUAUAUUCAUUCUAUUUCACUUGCAGAAUCGGUUCAGUACAACAAACCUUCUGAUUUUCAAUCAGUGUAUCAUUGACUUUGUCACAUCUUUGGUGUCGCUUUGUCUUUUUCUCGAUCCCGACGUCAUGACUCGGCUCCCAGAAUCAAUUACUGCUGCUGAAUUUGUUUGCAAAAUCUGGUCAAGCAAGUAUAUUUUCUGGUCAAGUAUAUUUUCUUCAACUGCUAAUCUUGUAGUGCUUACCUUGGAUCGUUACUUCGCAGUAAUGUACCCACUAAAAUACAAAAUACUCAAGGAAAAGGUGAGGAUGAAAGUAUUGUUUUUGCUCAUUCCCUGGAUAUGUGGCUUUGGAUUCGUCCUCCUUUGGUUAGCGGCACACACUGUGAAAGAUGGAGUGUGUAUCCAGAGUUGGCCAAGUGUUGAAUAUCAGAAAGUAUUUGGCUUACUGACUGGUACCUACAUUCUUAUUAUUCCUUGCAGUGUAAUGUUUUUUGUUUACUUUAACAUUUUUCGUGUUCUACAACAUCGUCCUGGAAAUGAUUUGAGUGCAGCGAGUGCGAAUGCUGCGGCCAGACGACUAAACAUUAUCAAGACAAUGGUUGUAGUUAGUGUGACGUAUGUAAUCUGCUGGACACCAAACCAAAUAGCUUUUAUCAACUUUACAUUGGGUGGAAAGUUUAAUUUUAAUGGAACGCUAUACUAUAUUACAGUAGCAAUGUCACUGUGUAACAUCUGUAUCAAUCCCAUAAUAUACACUUUCAAAUAUCAUGAUUUUAGAGUGGGUUUGCGAAAGACUUUGCCAUGUCUUAGACAUAUGUCUAUAUUAUUCACAGCACAGGAAGCUAUUCCGAUGCGUCUACAACGUUCAACAACUCGUGCCUCAAACAUUUAGCUGAGAUCUUGUCGUAAAUCAUUUAUUAACAUUUUUUGAUAACAAUAUUAUUUUAUAGACCUAGAGAAUAUAACAUAAUAUUAAACUCUUUCAUUUAUUUUAUUAAACGCAUAUUAGUUUAUCUUGGCCUUUAACUUUGGUAUCUUAAUGGCAUAUAUUAUUCACAGCACAGGAAGCUAUUCCGAUGCGUCUACAAUGUCCAACAACUCGUGCCUCAAACAUUUAGCUGAGAUCUUGUCGUAAAUCAUUUAUUACCAUUUUUUGAUAACAAUAUUAUUUUAUAGACCUAGAGAAUAGAACAUAAUAUUAAACUCUUCCAAUUUGUUUAUUAAACGCAUAUUAGUUUAUCUUGGCCAUUAAUGUUGGUAUUUUAAUGGCCAUUAUUUAGAUGUCAUUCUCGUUUGAUGAUUAUCAUGCUUGUCAAGCGUUUUAAUGCAUUUAUAUGAAUCUGUUAUACUAUUUAUACGACGUAUUAAUCCUUAAUAUACAUUGUGCUAAUAAUAACCACAUAAUACAGUUGAUAUUUUGCAUAAACUAUUAAUUUAGCAAGAUGUUUCAGCGUUCCCUUUUUAUAAAAUAUUUUGAUAAUGUAAAUAAGAUCAUUACCAGCAUUAUUUCCAAUAAAAUCAGUGGCUGAUUUAGGAAUUCAAAAUAGAAUGGGCUCGGGGAGGUACUUUCACAGAUGGAGGAUACAACCUCAUCCCCACCAUGGUUGGGGCCUGGUAAGAAAAUAAUUUGUGAUUAUGGCACCUCUA